AUUUUGGUAACACUGAAUUUGUGCGAGUGAGAUAGGUUAGACAAGCCACCAAAGAAAUAGAAAGACUGAAUAACAUAAAAAUAACUGGUAUUUCAGUUUAAAAUUUAAACUCAUACUCUGUUUUUAGUAACAAUGUAUGUUUUAGCUUUGUUAUAAAAAGUGUUUAAAAUGUCUUUUUCUUUUGGAACGCCGUCAAGUGCCCCAGCCACUUCGGGACUCACUGGGGGUUUUAAUUAUGCUGCAAAGCCAGCUACUCCAGGAUUUGGUCUUACUGCCACGACCCAACCGUCUACCGGUUUGUUUGGUACCCCUGCGACAUCAGCACCCGCUUUCGGUACUGGAACGCCUGCUUUUGGCGCUGCUGCUACACCAGCGUUUGGCGCCACCUCGACGACCCCUGCUUUCGGGGCAACUUCGACUGCCCCUGCAUUUGGUACCUCAGCGACACCUGCUUUCGGAACUAGCUCGGCAGCUCCUACAUUUGGUGCAACAACCACACCUGCAUUUGGAGCUACAACAGCGGCUCCAAGUUUUGGGGCAACAUUUGGUGCCACAUCUGCUCCUACAUUUGGUUCAACAACAACCCCUGCAUUUGGCACUACAAGCAAUCUAGGUACUGGCCUUGGUACUGGUGGCCUUAACUUUGGAGCUGGAACUAACACUUCAGCAGCUACAGGUCUGUCAUUUGGAACCACAACCACCGCAGCAUCUAGUACGGGUCUUGGUGGUUUAGGAGGUUUUGGAUUUGGUACAACAACAACACAGAGCACAGGCUUAGGGUUAUUUGGAUCGACCAGUACUGCCACCACUUCUACCAGCUUUUUGGGUGCAAAAUUGGGUACUACAACUGUUACUGGAACACAACCAUCAAUUUCAGCUACACCAAGUUUUGGUUUAGGCGGUGUGACACCAGCCAGUACUGGUGUGGGAACUGGUGCUACCACAGAUGCAAAAACCGAGCCACCAAAGCAAACAAAGCUUCCAAAUGAAAUAUCUACCACAGUGGACUCCUUCAAGGAAUUUGUGAAGAAACAAAAGUCACUCAGCUCUGAAGUCAUGCGUGUUUCAAUCAAACCAUUGCACAAGGUUUCUCGCGAGGCGGAGGCGACUUUGCGGCUAGCGUUGUCGUUAGGUGGCGAAGUAGCGCGGGGACGGGCACACUCGCGCCGCCUCAGGUCUUCCGCCGCCGCCGCGCUCGCUGCUGCCGAAGACGCUGCCGCUGCCGCCGCUGCUGGUAUAGAGUUGGAAAGUACCCCGCCGCCUAUUUACGUGAAGGAGCUGAUAUCGGAGUUGGAACAGCAACUGUUAACGUUCAGGCGACAAAUGGAUGUGGCCGACAAACAAAUGCAGUCGUCGCCUAAACUACUUACAGAGCAAGAAUUGACAUUAGGAAUCCGACGUAUGCAUGAAUCGCUCGUGGCCUUGGCUGGGCGAUUACAAGCAGUGCACACACAGGUGGAGGCACAAAAAGAACAAUAUCUCAACCUUCGCAAGUACAUCUUAAAAGAUCCAACAAAUGUAUUCGAAACACCAUCACCCAAUAACAGCCUCGAUCAAAUAUUGAAAGAUGCCGAAGGGUCCAGAAAGAAGACCAAAACGAGCAACAUGACCGAUGUGAGCUUUGGUAGUGCCGUCCUGUCCGAUCCUAGAGCUGCUUUAGGUAACAUACAACAGUUGGCUGGACCGACACCAUUCAAUUACCUCAGUAACACUUUAUCUCCAUUCCCCGCAGCUGAUACAAGUGGUCCAGGCUGGCAACCGCAACCCCAGCCGGUAUUAAAUACAUCAUUAAAUCUCACCAGUUUCGGAACCACUCCAUCAGCAGACACGAGCACUUUUCAACUUCAGAAACCGCCCGGCAAACGCGGGAAACAAUGAUAUUGGCGAUAGACGCUGGCUACCAGCGGAUAACAAACAAGAUAAAAGACAGUUAAACUGUUUUGUGCCUAAUUAUAACAAGUGUCACGCUAAUACAUCCUUUCCAGUUUUUAAUUUUUGACAGCGGCCUUCAGUACGUGUUCCAGACACGAAAAACAAUGUAGCAAAAGAAAGAAUAUAAACGGCUUACACUUCUUUAAUAUUUAAUGCUUCAUUCAUAAAAUAUAUAUGUUAACUAAAUCUAUUUUAGCUAUUAAAGUGUUAUCUUUUUUAACAGACUUCAAAAAGAGAUUCUCAAUUCGGUUGUUUUUUUUUUUUUUAUAUUUGUUACCUUAUAAUUUCGUCAGUUGUAAACUGAUUUGGAAAAUUAUUUUUUUAUCUGAAAGCAUAUAUGUGCUUACAGAUUAGUCUCAUAGAAUUUUUAUUAAAAUAACUAAUAUUGCCACAAUUGAAGUCUGUUUUUUUUUUUUUUUGAACAAUAUAAUUAUCGCAGUUUUUAGUUUGAAAGAAAAUGACAAGACACUAAUAAUUAAAAUAUGUUUAAAGAAGGGUUUAUGUUUUAUGAAUAAUGCUCUUUAUAAUAUUUACAGCGGUUCAACUGUUUAUUAUAGAUUAAACAGUCAAUCAAACGACACGUCUUUUUGUAUAUCGAAAGAGCUGUCAAAAGUGCGAUGAAAGAUUGGAAAUGGUAACAUUCUGUAUACUAUGGUUAGACAAUGUAUUGUUACAUUGUAUUUCGCUUAUUUAAUAAAUAGUCUUAUAGCUUGUCUUUUUAUCAAAAUAAUAGUGCCAUGGCCGUAGCAGGGGGGGGGGGGUAUUGAGGGGCAAUGCCCUGCCUUAAAAUGAAGGGCCCCAAAAAAUUAGAUUUAUUCGCUUUUUGGAAGUCGCCUAAUAAAGGCUUUUAUUGCCCUUUACUUGGGUAGCUACGGCUCUGGAAAAAAAUAACUAAAAUAAAAUGGACAGGGUGAUGGGGUAUCGUGGGUUUCAUAGUGUAUUCUGAAAUAUCCAUAAACGAAGGUAAGCAUUCAGGGCCAUAAUGCAUAUUUGUCCUACUUACAUAAAAUACUUAUUGUAUUUAUUGAUUACAUACUAUUAUUCCUUGUCAAUUUUGUUUCUAAAGGAUUAAAUCCGAUAAAAAGAUGUGUCAAGAUAAAUUACUAUAGUUUAUUUCAACAGAAUGUAAUAAAGAAGGAAUCAAAUAAUCGUCCCAACUGUAAGAUAGUGUGCUGUCAUAGUAAUACAAAUUAACAGUCGUAUGAUAUUUUGAAUGUUUCGGUUUGUUACUAAUUUCAUUAAAAAAUGAUAUUUCUGUGAUAUUAUUAAUAAAACUAGUUUACUUUUUUUUUAUUAAAUUCUGUUGAUACACAUGUAAUGAAUAUGAUGAUUAUGUAAUGAAGGAAUGUGAUGGAGCCACAAUCUCAGUUGAAACAUCGGAUGCAAACAACUCUGUACUGUUUCGUAAUACUUGUAAUAAUUUACGUUGGAAAUAAUUUAAUAAUAUCAACCGUAUAAAUAUAUAAACGAAAUUGUACUGUUAUCUUAAUAAUAACUUUACAAUGAAGUGAUUCUCAAUUUGCUUUUUUUUUAAUGUUCUCCAAUUCUGAACCAAUCUAAUUAUUGUUUUUACAAUCGAUAAAAAUUAGGUACUCCCAUAUUGGUUCUGUAAAUAGUUUGUUGAUCCUUAAAUUGUAUUUUAUUGCUUAUAGAAACGUCUAUUAAAUACGUUAUAUGGGGGGGGGGGGGGGUCUAGCAAAAAUAUCGAAUCUGAUUUGUAGGGAAGACAGCAUGUUUAGUUAAUUAAAGUUUUAAAAUAAAGUGAAUACAUACAUACAUACAUACAUAUCUGUCACGCCUGUCUCCCAUUAGGGUAGGCAGAAACAAUGGAAAAUAAAGUGAAAUAAAUAUAAAAUAUACUUGUACUAUGUUCUACUCUAUUUAUUAUCUUAACAUCAUACAUAUAAUCAAAUAAUUGUAAUAAUAAUCUCACGGUGAGAUGGAAUAUCCCACAUCUUAUUAAAUUUCAGUAAGGGGAAAAGGAGAAUUCAAAUAAAAAAAGCUCGCGUAAUUAACAGAUGUCUUCUAAUUCUACAAAUUAUAUUUAAGUUAGCACGUGGUUACACUACCAACUUUUACCACGCGAGACGUUUUCCGUAUUGUGUGACGCUGCGUACAGUUUCUUUUUUUUUUUUUUUUUAGUAAUUACAGAAUUUAAAAAAUCUCCGUUAAUGUGCAAUGUAUUAGUAGAGUUUUUUUUUUUUUUUU